GGACAGAAGAGCAGUGGCCGUGGUGCUGGCAACACGAAAAGCUUUCGUGUCGUGUCCUCAUGCGCAGCAAAUUUUGAAAUAGGAAUCAAUACUCCGAUCCGAGUCUGUACUAUAAAGCGGCACACAGCAUGGACUUGAAUCUUCCCACGAAACGGGAACCAAACUAGUAGGAAAAUUCUGAAAUUGCAUCUCUCUCUCUCUCUUUGAGUAUAAGAAGCGUUCCAUGUAAAAUGGAAAUCCCAGAGUAUCACCAGGCCUGCCAAGGAGGAAAACUAACACUUUCUCACCAUUCCCACCAAACCAAACCAGUGAGCACUUUCUCCAGAGAGAGCUUUCUCUCCCACUCUCGCUUUCUCUCGUGUAACGUGAAGGUCGGAGGAGUGAGGAACAAGCCACAUACAAAAACCGGCCAGAAACUAUAAACUACAAACUGCACCAUCAUAUCAACCUUCCUCUUUCUCUUUCACACCCAUUGUGCGUCGUGCAACAAUCUCCUUCCAUUAAACAUUGUGUACGUAUUUACCCUCCAGUUCUUGAUUGGGAAAGUUCAUCGGGUAGAAGAAUUUUCUUCUCUGCUUUCUCCAACCAGGACUUCCUUCCUUCCUUCCAUGAAACAGCGGGAGGAUCGCGAGCAUCAUCCGCUUAUAUCAUCACCGUGAAAAGAAGCAGUGGAAUUCUGGCUGAUAUGAAAUAUGCCGAGACUCUUUCAUACUCUGAUACCUCGUUAAAAACAGUUUCUCUUUCAUUCAAUCCAGCCAAGCGGGCAAAAUUGGUUUGGACUCGUUGUGUGUGUCGCUUCUUCUCUCAAACUGCUGCAGAGUGAAAGUGAGGCUCAAGUCGAUACCAGAUGUCGAAGAGACAGCACCACCCGUAGAACAGAGGGAUUCAUCAUUAUAAGAACUUAUAAGUACUUAUCUAUGUAUGCUGCAUGGAUAACCCACCCACUCUGCUGCUGCUCCUCGUCCAUUAAAUAUAUCUGAACUUCCUCCUCUCACUAAUCCUUUGAUGCACGGGGCUAAAGUUAUGCGAAAAGUGGAUUCAAUCCGACUUUGCAGUGAGUGAAUAACGUAACGUAACGUAACUUUAUGUAUGUCGGGUUGCAAAUUCAAUGAAUUCCUGGAGAAAACGGUGAAUUUAUGUGGUAGAGAAAGCAGGAGGAGUGACUACUUUCACUCCUUGACUGGACGUGAAUGUACGUAUUUACUCGUGACUCUUGUAGUGUUUUCUCCAUGUGUAACAUUCUGCCCUCGCUUUAGAAGAGGCACCGUGUGACCCUACAGCAUUUCUCUGCUUCUCGAGAGCAGGAAACUGGGAGAAAGUCUCCUCAGUCAACUGUUUAUUUCUUAGUCAGCAGAGGAGAGGAGGAGGACACAGAAACUCUUGACUUUUGACUAGUCAGUCCCCUAAUCCAAUUACUUUUCACUCCGACUUUCACCCAUUGUAUUGAUUCUUCUUCUGGUGUCUCGGACCAAUUUGUAAAUUAAGUUUGAUUUGAUUUCAGUCACUGGUGUCUGAUUUUAUGUAGUCCGCGCCGCGGUUUGUCUUGGUUUUCCUGAUUGAUAAGACAAACAGGGCUCGUGGUUAUUGGUGAAACUGGGUGAAAGUGAAAGUGAAAGGCUGACGAGUUGAGUGGGAGAGACAAAAUCAACAGUGUGACAUAAUCGAUACCGGCGGCGGAGGGAGAGUGUUUUUUAGGUGACUGUGCAUACAUAUUUUGUGCACUAAAAAAAGAUGAGUGCUUCGUUACCAGAAAAAGAGGAAGAAGAAGCCAACGGGCCGUUGAGAACUAAACUGCCGGCGAAAGCGUCUAAAAACGAUUGUGGGAUUUGGUCCGUGCUGAAAAACUGUGUCGGAAAAGAUUUGUCCAAGGUGACGAUGCCGAUUCAGUUUAAUGAGCCGAUCUCAUUCCUCCAACGGGCCGCGGAGCACAUGGAGUAUGCAGAUUUGUUGGGAAAUGUGGAACUAGCUCAAAAUCCGGUGGAUAGGAUACAGCAUGUCGCAGCAUUUGCCGUAAGUGCGCUUGCCUCUAAUUGGAACCGACUGGGAAAACCGUUCAAUCCCGUGAUUGGAGAGACGUACGAAUUGAGACGAAAUGACUACAAACUAAUUUGCGAACAAGUGUCCCACCACCCACCAGUUUCCGCCUUUCAGGCCGACUCGCCCUCCUUCGACUUCCACGGCUGGGUUUAUCCAAAACUGAAGCUUUGGGGUAAAUCUGUCGAAAUCCACCCAAAGGGAGUUAUGAAGCUGCACAUGAAAAAGUUCAAUGAGAGCUACACGUGGAAAAACAUCAACUGUACGGUCCAUGGAAUUAUCGGUGGAAAAAUGUGGAUCGAGCAUCACGGAACGAUGGAACUUCACUGCGUCCAAACUGGUUUAACCCUUAGUCUGCAUUUCAAACCGGCCGGAUGGUUUAACAAAGAGCUCCAUGUGGUAGAGGGAUUCGUAACGGAUUCAAAGAAGACGAAGCACCGCUAUGUAUACGGAAAGUGGACGGAAACCCUGCGUUCCUGUGAUAUGGAGGCGUACGAAGAUUACAUGAAAGCAAACGCUCACAAGCUCAGACUUGGAGAACCUGCCUCGGACACGUCGAAAAGGUCACCGAUCAUGAGUCCGAUCCCAGGAAAGAAGAUAUUCGCCAAGUUCAACUCCUUGUCUUUGGGGAAAUCAUUCAGCACGAGUGUGGACCCCAACUCUGGUCAGGAUGGUGACUUGUCGCCCGGGAAUGACGAGGAGCCUCCCAAGUUGGACGGAGAGAUACCAGAGAUCCCCAAUUCCGUCACUCUCUGGGAGGUCCGUGCCCGACCAGAUUAUUCCGCCGAGUUUUAUCAUUUCACACUAUUUGCAAUGAGUUUAAAUCAAGUUCUUCCUGACAUGAGUUCCAUUUGUCCAACGGAUUCUAGGCUUCGACCCGACAUUCGGAAAAUGGAAGAAGGUGAUUUAGACAAGGCUGCCGAGGAGAAAGGAAUAAUUGAAGAAAAACAAAGAAAAUUUCUCAAAACAAAUAAUCAAGCCGACUAUAAACCCGUGUGGUUCGAUAAGGUGGGAGAUGACUGGAUUUGCAAUGGGAAAUACUGGAUAGAUUCCAACAAACCACAUAUCGCCCACCUAUUUUAGUCCAUGUUUAUAAUAACAAAACUGCAUUUUACGUUGAAUAUAAAACUUUAUUAGUGAUCCUAGACUGAUGCAGAUGCAUAGGCGGCUUUCGAAUUCGAAACACUGUAGUUCAAAAAAGGUCUGAAAAUAUUCCAAAAAUCGUAGCGUGAUAUAAAAUCAAAUCAAAUCAAAAUUCAUAAACGUGACAAAACGAAGGAAUCAAAUUCAAUAGUGUCAAAAAGGCAAAUGUUAGUUUUGUAUUGGAACUACAUAAAUGCUUGUCAUGCACACGGCAGCAAUACAUUUUGCAGAAUUAUUAAAUCAGAACAUAGUCCACAUGUAUACUUGCUAUGUAAAAAAGGUAUUUAUUUAGAAAAAUCACAAGCAAAGCGAAAUAGUCCAUAGUUUAUCAUGCGAAAUGAAGAUUGCAAAAAUUAAAUGAAGAUACGACUGGAAUUAUGAUAAUACAUAUUGUAUAACUAUUUACACUCUAAAAAAUCCGGUGACAAACGUGACUACAGGGAUUAUUGUUACCAUUUCGGUGGUAGUAUGUUUCUGCUUGGUGAUAGACUGUCACCGAGCUAGUGGUGAUCUUUCCCACGUGGUGAUUCCGUUAUAACCGAGCCGUGACAUAUUAUCAACAUCCGGUAAAGUCAUACAUGUAUACUCACCGGUCGGUGAUAAUCCGGUGGUAAAAUUUCUUAGGGUAGUAGAGGCUGAAUCUAGUACAAUAUUAACCCAUGCAGCUAUUUAGUAAUAAAAUAAUACCUCUGGUCUGGUAACAUGCAACCAACGUCCUAUCCAAGAAAACUACAUAAAUACAUACAUACAAAACAUUUACCCUUUCAUAACCACUACUAACUACACCAAAAUAUAACUUUAUACAGAUAUGGAGAAGAUUUAUGAUAUCGAUUCCAGUCGAUCCAAGUGUUAGUGCGUGUAGAAGCGAAAUUGUUAUUAAUGUAUCCGAUGAAUUUUUUAUUGUGAUGCUUUCAUACAUGCGGCAAUAAAACAACAAUAAGUAUAAAUCCA